CUGAUUGGUCAGUCGCACCUCCAGCUCUCAGCUCUUAUUUGAUGCGUACUGCUGCGGAUCUAACUCUCACUCUCUCUCUCUCUUCUUUUACUGGCUUACUUUCAGGUGAAAACACUCACCAGCUUUCACCCUCCUUUUCUCUACACGUCUGCUGCUCUUUUUUGAGCAUCACCAGCCAGCCAGCAGCCACGAUGACAGAGGCGGAGGCGUUGUUGGAGAAGAAGCAGCAGCUGCAGCGCAAUAAGUCGAGCAAUGGACAUGUUCUUGCAGAGACAUCCAGAAUAGAAGAUGUGUUUGAUCACACAUACAAAGAGAAAGAAGGCCCCAAACCUCCCUCAAUCAUCGUCUGGAAAAAUGUCUUCAUGAUGACUCUAUUGCAUAUAGGUGCUCUGUACAGCGUGUUCCUCAUCCCUUCAGCAUCUCCUUUGACCUUGCUCUGGUCUGUACUUUGUUUUUUGAUAAGUGCUUUAGGAGUAACUGCAGGAGCUCAUCGCCUGUGGAGUCACAGAUCCUACAAGGCCUCAUUACCUCUAAAGAUCUUUCUCGGCUUUGCUAACUCCAUGGCGUUUCAGAAUGAUAUCUUUGAGUGGGCUCGAGACCACAGGGUUCACCACAAAUAUUCCGAGACAGACGCUGACCCUCACAACGCCGUGCGGGGCUUCUUCUUCGCUCACAUCGGCUGGCUGAUGCUGCGCAAACACCCCGACGUCCUCGAGAAAGGACGCAAGCUGGAACUAAAGGACCUGAUGGCCGACAAAGUUGUGAUGUUUCAAAGGAAGUAUUACAAGCCGUCUGUGCUGCUCAUGUGCUUCUUCGUCCCCAUGUUUGUGCCUUGGUACCUGUGGGGGGAGUCUCUGUGGGUGGCCUACUUCGUCCCGGCCCUGCUGAGGUACACCCUGGUGCUGAAUGCCACCUGGCUGGUCAACAGCGCGGCCCACAUGUGGGGGAACAGGCCCUACGACAAGAACAUCAACCCCAGGGAGAACAAGUUUGUCACGUUCAGCGCUAUAGGUGAGGGAUUCCACAACUAUCACCACACGUUCCCCUUUGACUAUGCAACCAGCGAGUUUGGCUGCAAGUUGAACAUUACCACUUGUUUCAUCGACGUCAUGUGCUACUUUGGCCUGGCCACGGACCGCAAGAGGGUGUCCCACGAGCUGGUCCAGGCCCGAUUACAGCGCACCGGAGACGGGAGCCACCGGAGUGGCUAAGAUCGACGAACCACGGUCAGCUUCGAAGGCAAAACAACCGUAAAGAAAGAAGCUUCACAGUCCUUUGACAGCUAUACAUUUCUCAUCCACUGAGGAUAAAAAGUCAUCUCCAUGAGGGCCUCGACCACAUUUCGCUUGUUUUUGUGGUUUUUUGUAGCUGUAACUAAACAAAUUGUUCAAGACGGAUUAAAAAACAAACACAUUUUGCUAAGAUCUUGGCCUCGGGUUCUAUUGUUCAAUCAGGCCAAGGCCUUGCAAAGAUGUUUUAGAUCUGAAGUAGAUACAUUUUUAAAAAAGUCAACUUCAUCCUCCGCUGUUUUUGCCACUUUGGUGUGCAUUCUUCAUGCAAGGUCAGUCAUGUAGCCGAUCAUUUUUAUGUAAGUAUUACUCAAUUAUUAAUCAAAAUAGACAAGAAAUGGAGCACUGAACAUACAGAGUUAUAAUAUUUCAAAUGAUAAGUUACUGAUACUGGAGACUGUUGUCUUUAUUGCAGUUUACAGCUAGUUUUUACCGUUCUGAUCUACAGUCAAUUCACUUUUUGAGCGCUUUAAGAUCUGGAAAAAAAGGGAUGAGAGUUUGAAUCAUGUUUUGUAAAAAAAAAAAAAGAAGUUGUUUGGCUUUAAUGAAAUAAGGCAAAUGAUGGAAGAGCGAGGGAACCCAAACCGUCUUCUUAUAACUACUGACAACAGAGUGUGUUGCAGUGUGGUUUUCUAGUGCAGAAAACCAAAUAUGUAGAAAAGUCAAAGAUUAGGUAGAGUUUUUGCAAGACAAUGUAAGAGACGCAUUUAUCAUGAAAUUAAAACUGCCGUUUAAUAUUAACAGUAAAAGAUAAAUGUAAUUUUAACUUUUAUUUUGUGUUUUUACUGAAUAUAUGAUAGUGCCAAGAGCGUGCCAAUCGUCAACACAUUUCUAACCAUCUUAACGGUCCACUAGAGCACACUUGAGUCGAUAUUGCUUCUUCACUCGACAUCAUUGUGGAAGUUUUUUAACCUUCGUGGCAUCAGUGGCUUCGCUUCCUCUUUUAUCCCUCUUUUGUCCAGAAACAUCCGGCAGCAGAGAUCUGAUUUGGUCGACGAAGCAGCAGCCAUGUCAUGUGACAGUUCUAGUGUUACAAAACAAACAUGCCACCCAUGCAUGAUGAUGUACUGUGGUAGGUGUUGUAGUGAGGUGUUUUAUCGGUGACUCUUUAACGGCAGAGCUGUGUCUAUUUUUGUAAACGUACUUAUGGAUGCUGCUGGAUCAUUAGAUCUGUUGCCGUGGUGAUUUCUGAGACGGGGUCUGGUUUCCCUUUUGAUGUCCCACAAAGCUGGUUGUCAUCGCUAAAUUUCAGGUGCAUCGAUGUUUGUGCUCAUCUUAAAUCCUGGUGUGCGGAAUGCUUAUCUUAUCUUAUUUAUGUAUUUAUUUAGUUUUUUUUUCCUUUAUUGACAAAAAAAAGAGCUCUAACCUGAACCAGUUUUCUGCACUCCAAAGAUUUGGCGGUAAAAUAUAUGAAAUUGGAGUUUAUUUUUUCCCCAAGAGUCAGGAUACAACCUAAUGCCUUAUGACUUGAAUCCAUUCCUGAUCUUCUCCUUCACAUCAGUGAAGACAAAAAGACUCAAAACAAAUCUGACCACGGUCCAUGUUUACAGGCUGAAGCACCAGGUGGGACAUUGUUUUUAUUCUGAAGAGACAUUUAAUUUAAAUGGUAGCACCGCAUGACAACAUCAAAUGCUGUAAAUGCGUAAGAGGUUCAUCUUUCAAAGAAGCUGAUAGAAAGUAAAACACCUGGUUCAAACAUGGACCCUGAUGUGCCAACUAGUUUCAACCCAUCACGGCAUCUAAAAGCCUCUAAAACAAGAAGGUGCUGUCAUGAUGGGAUGUUAGAGCACCGUCAUCAGAGCACUUACUCAAACCUGACAAUAUUGCAAGCCAUGCAAACAACUCCUGCUGCCCACAGCGCCAAAAUCUACAUUUUCCUAACAACGAGGAGGAUCAAAAGGUUGUCGGUCUGAAUGAUAAAACAGUCAAAUCUCAACUGUAUUCUAUUCUGAAAUAAAAAUUCACAAUAUUUUCAAUACACAGUAAUUCCAUUAA